GGAUAUUUCCGCUGAUUUCCCGUAACGAUUAAUCGACAAUAUUACAUACAAUUUUGCGGCGCUUUAACGAGAUAGAACACACCCUAAUAAUCUAUUAGGAAGUUAUACACUGUGGUUGGAAGGAGCUCUGGACAUUUAACGCCUAGAGGCAACUGAAAAACAAUGUAUUUACUUUUGGCUUGGUUUUUCAUGACUUUUCUGGCCAUAGUUGGCCUUACAUUUGCCAAAUCAUCGCCAUAUGAAACGUUUUUCAAAAGGGGAAUCCUAGGUCAGUCUUUAGAUGAUAGAUAUACUUUUGAGAGUGUACCUGUGCAAGGUCUAGCUGAAUGCAGUAGAUUAUGUCAACUGAACGACCACUGUUAUUCGUUCAACUUUGAGCAUGGCGCAACGGGAAUGGCACAAUGUGGUCUUGUGUAUUGUAAUGCAGAUGUAAAUGACUCUGCAUUAGUUUCUAACACCGCAAUGACCUACUACAGACAGGUAUUGGACGAGCAGGGUCCUUUAUGUACACAUUUGGCGUUGAAGUCCACUAACCAAUCAUCAACAGCCAUAAACGGAUACUCACACCGAGCCGUUGAUGGGGAUUAUACGAUUGAAUGGAAUGCUGAUGCGCCAUGCACACACACAAAUGCUGAAGAAAAAGCAUGGUGGAUGGUUGAUCUUGAGGGAAUGUUCAAUGUCAAUGCUGUCAGACUUGUGAAUCGCAAGGAGGUACCAGAAAGGCUAAAGCACUUUAAAAUAGAAGUGAGCAACGACACGGUUGCGUGGGAUCUUUGUGUUUACCACCAAGAUGUACUCGAAAACAAUCAGUCCUGGCAGCUGUUUAACUGCCCCAAUCACCUUGUCGGAAGCUAUUUAAGAGUUCAACUUGACCACAUUGGUGUUCUGACAUUGUGUGAGGUUGAGGUUUACGGCUUCUUGACACGGAACUAACAUUAUAGGUGACAUAAAUACUAAAAAAGGAAAAACUUCCGUGAACUUAUUAACAAGAAUUAUGGAAGACUUAUAAUUAAACACAUAUCCUAGAAUUCAUAACACGGCGCGGUAUUCAUACUAUGCACGCAGUUUGAAACACUGACAAACUGUGGGCAUAUUUAAAAAUGACAGACGGAGAGUACACGUCUCCCUAAAGGAUGAAAAGUACUGGAAAAACAAGGUUAAUUUUGAAUUAAUUAAUGAAUAACAUUUAUAAAUUGUCCUGAUGUAAAUAAAAUGAAAAAAGUAUUAUUUAUCAACAGAAAUUUGAAAUUCACCGUGCGGCUGCCGUGGGAAAU